UACCACUAUUUAAACGAACGCAAAUAGGCUACUGGCCUUCACAACAUCGAUCAGUGAUGACCACCGGUUUUGGCGCCAACCCCAGUCCAUGGCGGGACCAAAUUCCCUGGUACACCCGCCUACUCCUCGCCGUGUUAUCUUUCGCAUUCGACGCCGGUUGUCGCUUCGACCUCAUACGCCGCCUCCUCCUCCUCCUCGACCUCAAAUCUCCACCCUCCUCCGCCAAAGGCGUCACCUCCUUCGACGUCACAGUCGACCCCUCCCGCAACCUCUGGUUCCGCCUCUACGUCCCCUCUCCCUCCUCCUCCCCCGCCUCCACCCUCCCUCUCCUAUUCUACUUCCACGGCGGCGGGUUCGUAGCAUUUGCGCCAAACUCCAUUACCUAUGACAAUUUAUGCCGUAGACUCGCUCGCAAUCUCCAAGCUGUCGUCAUUUCAGUCAACUACCGCCUCGCGCCUGACCACCGCUACCCUUGCCAGUACGACGACGGCCUUGACGUACUAAAAUUCAUCGACGCACGAAACUACGCCGUUUUACCCUCGUCUACUGAUCUCAACCGGUGUUUUAUCGUCGGCGACAGCGCAGGCGGUAACAUAGCCCAUCACGUGACGCUCAGAGCCUGCGAUCACGUUUUUGAGAAGGUGAAAAUUAUUGGACUGGUGGCGAUACAGCCGUUUUUCGGUGGAGAAGAGCGCACAGAAUCGGAACUCUGCCUCGCCAGAGCGCCAAUUCUUAACACGAGACGUACAGACUGGAUGUGGAGGUCGUUUCUGCCGAAAGGAUCGGGUAGGGACCACGAGGCGGCGCAUGUGUCUGGUGCUAUAAGGGCGGUUAAGUUCCCGGCGACGGUUGUGUUUGUUGGUGGUUUUGAUCCGUUACAGGAUAGGCAGAGGAGCUAUUUUGAGGGGCUAAGGAAGUCUGGUAAGGAAGUGGAGUUGGUUGAGUAUCCAGACGCCAUCCACAGCUUUUGCUUCUUUCCGGAAUUUCCCCAUUUUGGGAACGCAAUUGCCAAGUUGAAGGAGUUUAUUCAAAAGCAAUCAGCAGCCACCAAAUAGACAAUGCGUAUAAGGUGUUUGUUGAAAUUACUAUACCCAAGGCAAAGGAUGUUCCAAUGGAAGUUCUCUACUGAUAUCUAUUGCCGGUCACUUUGCUUCCUAGAAUUUGUACUAAAAUUUUCACCAUGCACCUCAUGAUAAUAAGUUCAUACAAGUUGCACUUUACCCAGCUUUGUGAAUAAAUGAAGGUUGCAUUUUUAUAUUUGCGUUGAUGUUCGAGUUCGUUGGUACUUCUCUCAGAUUUUGUUUCGAUUUAUAGGCAAAAUAUUGAAUAAUUUGUACCCCCAAAAAAAUCUGUAUGGGCGCUGUUAGCUUCUUAAAGUUCUUGCACAGUUAGAAAAGAAAUAAUAGGACUCAAUGAUUCCUGUAGUUGACCCCUGUAACAGUGUAUUUCCCACCAUUUUAUUGGAAGCAUCUUAAAUUCU